AUGGCCGCGACAAAAAUUGACGGAACGGCCAUAGCACGCAAGGUCCGUGAGCGGCUCCAGGCCGAGAUUGCGGAAAAGAAGGCCAUCAAUCCGCGAUUUCAGCCGUGCCUCAAGAUCAUCCAAGUGGGUGACCGAUCCGAUUCUUCCACCUAUGUGCGCAUGAAGUUGAAAGCCGCCGAGGAGGUCGGCAUUGUUUGCGAAGUGAUAAAGUUUGACGACACGGCUACCGAAGCUGAGCUCGUCGCUCGUGUGGUUGCCCUCAACAACGACCCCGCCGUUCAUGGUAUCUUGGUGCAGCUUCCCCUUCCGAGCCACGUCUCCGAGUAUGCCGUCACGUCGGCCGUGGCAAGUGAGAAGGAUGUGGACGGCUUUGGCACCUACAACAUUGGCGAGCUCGCCAAGCGCGGCGGCCGACCAUUCUUCGUCCCCUGCACUCCGAAGGGUGUCAUGGUGCUUCUUAAGGAAACCGGUAUUGACCUGAAAGGCAAGAAUGCCGUCGUCGUUGGGAGGAGUGACAUUGUCGGCAGCCCCGUCAGUUACCUCCUGAAGAAUGCCGACGCCACUGUCACGGUCUGUCAUUCCAAGACAAAGGACCUCGACCAGCAUCUCAAGGACGCCGAUGUCGUCGUCGUCGCCAUCGGAAAGCCAGGCUUUGUUAAGGGCGAGCAGCUCAAACCGGGCGCUGUGGUCAUUGAUGUGGGGACCAAUUACAUACCCGAUGCCACCAGAAAGUCGGGCCAGCGCCUGGUGGGCGAUGUGGAUUUUGAAUCAGCCUCCCAGGUCGCCUCAUUCAUCACGCCUGUCCCCGGUGGCGUGGGGCCCAUGACUGUUGCCAUGCUACUUCAGAAUGUCGUUGAUUCGGCUACGCAGUCUUUCGACGCCGAGAAGCAGAGACAGAUCAUCCCCCUUAGUCUCACGCUCCUGGAUCCUGUUCCCUCCGACAUUGCCAUUUCUCGAGCGCAGGCGCCAAAGCACGUGUCACAGAUUGCCAAUGAGGUUGGCAUCUCGCCCUCGGAAUUGGAGCCCUACGGCGCAUACAAGGCCAAGGUCGAUCUUAGCAUCCUCAAGCGCCUCGGUCACCGUCGGGAUGGCCGCUAUGUCGUAGUCACAGGCAUCACACCAACCCCUCUCGGCGAAGGCAAGUCCACAACCACAAUGGGCCUUGCCCAGGCUCUGGGUGCCCAUGUUGGCCGCCUCACAUUUGCCAAUGUGCGCCAGCCCAGCCAGGGUCCUACUUUCGGAAUCAAAGGUGGUGCUGCUGGCGGCGGAUACAGCCAGGUCAUUCCCAUGGACGAAUUUAACCUGCACUUGACUGGCGACAUUCACGCUAUCACAGCUGCCAACAACCUCCUAGCCGCCGCCAUUGACACGCGCAUGUUCCACGAAAGCACCCAAAAAGACGGUGCUCUUUACAAGCGGCUGGUUCCUGUCAAGAAUGGCAAGAGAGCGUUUGCCCCUGUAAUGCUGCGUCGGCUGAAGAAGCUGGGAAUUGAUAAAACAGACCCGAACGACCUGACCGAAGAAGAAAUCCGCCGUUUCGCUCGUCUUGACAUUGACCCGGAAACCAUCACUUGGAGGCGCGUUCUGGACGUUAACGACCGGCAUCUGCGUGGCAUUGUCAUCGGGAAUGCGCCGACUGAAAAGGGCCACAGCCGGGAGACAGGGUUUGACAUCUCCGUGGCUAGUGAGUGCAUGGCCAUCCUUGCCCUGAGCACCAGUUUGGCCGAUCUACGGGAGCGCCUUGGCAGAAUGGUGGUUGCAAGCUCGCGGAGUGGUGAACCUAUUACCUGCGAUGACAUUGGCGCAGGCGGUGCGCUUACUGCGCUGAUGAGGGACGCAAUCAAGCCCAACCUCAUGCAGAGCUUGGAGGGCACUCCCGUCUUCGUGCACGCAGGGCCGUUUGCCAACAUUAGCAUCGGCAACAGCUCCAUUCUGGCGGACAAGAUGGCUCUGAAGCUCGCCGGCACCGAGCCCGAUGAGGAUUAUACGACCAAGGCCGGCUUUGUUGUGACCGAGGCCGGGUUUGACUUUACCAUGGGUGGCGAACGCUUCUUCAACAUCAAGUGCCGCACGUCAGGUCUCGUCCCCGAUGUCGUCGUCGUUGUGGCCACUAUCCGCGCGCUCAAGGUUCACGGUGGCGGUCCGCCCAUUUCGCCCGGAGCGCCUCUUGAUGCAGUCUACAGGGAAGAGAAUGUCGAGGUUCUGCGAAAGGGCUGCGUAAACCUGGCGAAGCACAUUGCUAAUGCUAGGUCGUACGGCGUUCCAGUGGUUGUCGCAAUCAACAAAUUCUCCACCGACACGCAGGCCGAGAUCGAUGUUGUCCGCGAGGAGGCCAUCAAGGCGGGCGCCGAAGAUGCCGUCCUGGCCAACCAUUGGGCUGAGGGCGGCAAGGGUGCCAUAGACCUCGCUCACGCUGUCAUAGCAGCGGCUGAGAAACCCAAGGACUUCAAGCUCCUCUACAGCCUCGAGGGCACCGUGCAGGAGCGCAUUGAAAAGAUCGCCCGUGAGAUGUAUGGCGCUGCCGCCGUCGAGUUCAGCGAGCUCGCCCAGAAGAAGGUCGACACGUACACUCGCCAGGGCUUUGGUAACCUGCCCAUCUGCGUUGCCAAGACGCAGUACUCGCUGAGCCACGACCCGGAGCUCAAGGGAGCGCCGACUGGCUUCACGGUGCCUAUCCGGGACGUCCGCAUGGCUGCCGGCGCUGGCUACCUGUAUGCCUUAGCGGCCGAUAUCCAGACGAUUCCCGGCCUGCCCACCGCUCCAGGCUACCUCAACGUUGACGUGGAUGCUGAGACUGGCGAGAUUGAGGGCUUGUUCUGA